AUGAGGCGUCGAAAGCUUUCGGUAGAGCCUGGAAAAAGUGUUGUUCCAAAUGAAGGAUCCAGUGACUCAGAAACGAACGACGAUCCUCAAACUAAUGAUAGCUCUAGUGAAAACUCAUUAGAAACCAUCACCGAACCGGAAACUGAAUACUUUGAACCGACAGAAAGAGAUAUACUUCCUGGCAAAUUUCUUCUAGUUGAAGUACGUGGUGGACCUAGAAAAAAAAACAGUUUAUCGAUACGUUGCCAUUGUGCAAAAUGUGACCAAGAGUCAAGAUGUUUGAGAAUUCGAGGUUUUGGGAGUAAAGUCUGUAGAUGGAUCUAA